AUCGUCGACGAUGACCGGGUGAACGAUCUCUUGAUCAACCAAGUGAAUAAUUGAAAAAACAAUCGAAUAGAUGACCGGCUUGAAAAUUUUUUACUAAAAAUUUGUUUUAGGUCGAAUGACCACUAAAAUUUUCACUAAAAUUUUUGGUGAUGAAAAACUUGAAUACAGGUGGGAGAUGUUCUAAUUAACUACUCUCGAUUCACGUCUCCCUCCCUCUGCCUAAAAUCGCCUGUAAAACCGUGAGUCGCCGCCGGCAAUUUCUCUCUCUCUCUCUGUAGCUCUCUAAUUUAACAACAACAACAAUAAUGGCGUCGUCGGUCACUCUCUUUCCUCGCUCUCUCUUUUACUCUUCCUCUUCCUUGCCAGAAUCAAUCUCUCUCUCUACCAGGCCGCAUCGUAACAUCCUCCUCCUCCAAUUCCACCUUCAUCGAACCUAUCCCCGAAUCCAAGCUUCCAGACGAAUCUCCAAUUUCCCUCAGGAAGGUAGUGGCUUGGUAGAUGAUCCACGCAACUGGAAUCGCAAACAAGGACUCGCCAUGGAAGACUAUCACGAUGAUCAUGAAGAUGAAGAUGAUGAUGAUGAGGAAGACGAGGAUCGGAGUUUGGAUCUUCUGGUCAGGUUUGUUCAGAAUGUGUUUAAGAAAAUCUCGAGGAAAGCGAGGAAGGCCGUUCGAUCUGUUCUGCCUAUCACCAUAUCCACCAAAUUGUUGGGGUUUUCUGUCAAUGGAUUGAUAAUGCUGACAUUUUUGUGGGUUUUGAAGGCAUUCCUUGAGGUGGUUUGCACCCUCGGGAGUGUAGUGUUUGUGAGCAUCUUGCUUAUCCGUGGCAUAUGGUCUGGUGUGUCCUAUUUACAAGACAGCCGCAAAUAUAGGGUGAGUGAAUUUGAUGAUGAGCGCCGGGCAUGGAAUGGUGCACAGCCCGCAUCUUGAUUUGUUCACUCUGAUGAUUCCAAACAAGAACAAUCUUAUGUUUGAAAAGGGUAACAGGGGAGUAUGCAUCAGGUUUGGUUCUCAUCUUAUGAGAAUGAUUUCUCCUGUUUGAAGAUUCAACACAAGCCAUAUGAGUACUCUGAUAUCUGUGGCAUACAUAAUCAAAACCAUGACGAAUGCUAAUUAUUCACUGGGGCAAAGCUACUAUUCUCUUCUCUUUUACUCUUUUUCCUUCAGUGCACCAAAGAUCGUUAUCUAACAUGGUACACAUUGCUCGACUUGCACUCAACAGACAAAGAGCAGGGUCUCAUCAGUAAGCAACCCUUAUUUUCUCUUGAUAUAUCGAGUAUACCUGUAUACCACUUCUACUUUUCUAUUGAGUGUCGAACAAAACAGUGCUUAUUAAAUGUGAGUCAUAAUUUACUUGGUCACCAUGUAGACCAGACUUUAUAGGUUGUGUUUUACCUUUCUUCAGAUGAGAAGUGAAUUGAGCUUGUUUUGAGAAUUGGCUUCCUAGUA